AUGGCUGAGAAUUGUGAAACAAAUACAAAUGAUGCUGCUAAUGCAACAACACCAAGACAAGAAGAAAAGCCAUCUGGAAACUGGUGGGACUCACUGCUAUCAUCAGCCAAAACAAAAUCUGCAGAAGUGUACUCAAUGGUGAAGAAAGACUUGGAUGAGAUUGGUACUGCAGUUAAGUGUGAAGCAAGUCAUGUCUUCAGUUCCACAUCCAAUGUGCUGGGAAAGACUUUUAAGCUUGACGUGCCUGAGUCACCAGCUAAUGUUAUGAAGAAAAGUUUCAGCACAUUCAUUGGCCAAGUCAGCACCGUUUUGAACCCAGAACCAGAUGACGAGGAUGACACCGAAGUAAUUUUGUCCUCGGGCGAUACCACUAUGUUGUCCACAUACAAGAAAGAGCUGGAGGCAUUACAGCGAGUCGACGCUACAUACAUCGUGCCGGCGUACAGUCCAGAGUUCGAGGCCUGGCGCGGCAGCCUGGAGAAUACUGAGGCGGGGGUCAUAAGGCCCGCCUCGGCGGUCAAAAGGCUCGAAUCCAACCCCAUUCUGAAGGCCCAGUACGAGAAGUUGGUGCCCGACGCCGUCUCCCACGAGGAGUUUUGGGAGAGGUACCUGUUCCGCGUUGCGCUGCUGCAGGACCGGCUGGCCGCGGCGUCCCGCUCGCCCGCGCUGCCCCCGCCCCCCGCCGCCGACCCCGUGCUCGCCCACCUGCCCCCCCAGCGCCCGAUACAGCAAAGCCCAAAGAAAGUUCUCUCUGGAUUGGACCUUGAUAUACCCUAUGAAAAAGACGUAAACAACGUUGUGGCAUGGGAAGAUGAAGAUUUCGCACACGACGUCGAACUAACCGAGGAGCAGCAGAUACUGCUUCUAGAAGAGUACGAGAAGGAGAUCACGUCGAAGAAGACCAAUAGGCGCUCCUCCUCGCGGGACCUCAUAAACAACAACGCUGACGCGAAACCGCAAUCGCUGAAAGACGAACUGGACAAUCAGGCCAUAGACAAGAGGAACAAAAAUGGCCGCUCGCCGAAAAGGGCGGGAAAGCCGGACGAGUGCGGGAACGACCUGGUCGAAGACUAUUUCGCCGACAGGGACGUGAAAGACGACGCCAGCGCAAACUCUGACGAGAGUUGGGAGAAGGAGUUCGAAAUAGACGAGCCCGUCGCCCAGAAAGCC